UAAAGAAUUUGUCACUGAAGCGCACAAGCUUGCAAUUGGAGAAGUUACGUAAUAAGAUGGGUAUUAAUGAAUGAAUUGUAUCCGUCUUCUUCUUCGGAGUGGAUUUAGCUGCUUAAAACAGUAACAAGUGGUUAACGUUAUACUCGGAUAUCAACACAACCGCAGUCAUUCUUAAUGCGGCUCUCACGUCCUUUUCUGGCCAUUUGUAUUCUGAUCUUUCCAUCUUGAUGGGAAGAUUGGCGCGGCGCCACCCCGUUUAUUCUCCCUGACCUUAUCAGAUUUAGCGUCUCCCUUGUAUCAUUGUGACGGGUUUCUAUUACGAUUUGCGCCAACGGGUAAGGUUUUCGGGACGCCAAGCCAAGGCGCUGAAGAGCUACUACAAAUAUCUCUCAUCAUUUUCAUGGAGCUAGAGCUGCCCCCCAAAUUUUAGCAUGACCACAGAACCCCAACCUAUCCGCAAAAAGCGGACCACCUCAGAGUCUAACUCUACUUCUGACGGAGACCAUCGCAAGCGUCGACGCAAUCGUACAACUCAGUCAUGUCUUAAUUGCCACACAUCCAAGAGAAUGUGCGACCGGAAGCGUCCUUGUGGCCGCUGCACACAACUAGGCCUGACCGGCCUUUGUGUCUACGAAGUGGAUGAUCCUUCCCAGCGAACCGACGUUCAAGACGAGGGUUCGCGCCUUCGUCAACGAGUUGCUGAGCUUGAGGGAGUGAUACGCGAGUUGAAGAACAAGCCCCAUCCCCGCUGGGUUCAAGCAGGUUCGACCCCAGAAGUAGAAUUCGAGAAGUGGCAUGCCCGUUCUCAGUCUCGUUCGGCUGCUGAGCAGCAACAGACUGAACAACAAACCGAGCCACAAACCACCUCUCCGUCUCGCACAGAUCAAUCGGUAUCAGGCCCUAUGAAUGAGUCACAUUCAUCCCCUCGGCUUCUAUCCCCCACACACGCACGUUCUGCCCUGACUUUUUCCCAACCACCUGCCGACUUGACAAACACAUCUGCAUCAUACUCUCCUUACUUCGGUAGCAUAUCAUCUCCCUUGAGCACACCCUCUCCCUCUAUAAUGACGCCCACCGACGAGUACGCACAAAAUCGAGCUCUUAUUGUGGGAGAGCAACCGCCCGCCGGAGAAUUCGAUUUUGCUUCUAUGUUCAUGUCUUAUCCUUUGGCUGGAUAUGAAGACAACCUGGGACAUAACAAUAUUACCGACUGCAGGUCUAAGCACUGCUACGAUACUUUUGCACACGGUCAUUGUAACUGUCUGACUGAAGGAUCGAGCUACAAUGUAGUGCUCGAGCUUUCUCUCCGCUUACGAAAAGCCGCGGAUAUCCUAAGCCGGUCGGCUUAUCAUCAUCUCGGAUGUAAUAAUUGUACCCUUAACCAGCGAAUUAUGGAACUUGAUGCUAUUGCUACGACGACACUAGGCAAUAUUGCUACACCACCCAACGAUGUCGAUCAAAUAUAUCCUCAACAACAUCCGUUCUCUCAUAAAUCCAUUCCACCAUCGUCUACUUUUGAUGCAUCAUCUGGUCGCACUAUGCCUGUUUCGACAGUCUCUCCGCACACUUUGCAAGGAAUUCGCUCGUGGGACAUUAUGUCAUCCGUAUCGGAUUCAUCAUCUAUCUGCGAAGACUCAUUUAUGUCAUGGGACCCUUCACGACGUGGCUGACUAUGUAACACGGACAUUUGGA